ACCCUAUCCCCAAAUCCCAUACACACAAAAAUCAAAAUUUCCAAAUAUUCAACAUUCGAAGCAUCGAUCUGUCACGGCAUCAUCUUCAUCGAAGAAGAGAAGAAUGGAUUUCGGAAUCAUGGGUUACGAUUCCCCGCUCCUCCACGCUCUGCACCACCACAUGAUGGGUCUCCACGAGGACGCCGACGUCGACAAGAACCCCAACGCCGCAUCCCACGUUUACUUCCGCGACGCCAAGGCCAUGGCGGCGACCCCGGCCGACAUCAGGGAGGACCCCAAGUCUUACGUCUUCGUCGUCGACAUGCCGGGGCUGAAAUCAGGGGACAUCAAGGUACAGGUGGAGGCCGACAACGUUCUGUUGAUCAGCGGAGAACGGAAGCCGGAGGAAGAGAAGGAGGGGGCCAAGUUCGUGAGAAUGGAGAGGAGGGUGGGCAAGUUUAUGAGGAAGUUCGUGUUGCCGGAGAAUGCCAACACGGAUGCGAUCUCGGCGGUGUGUCAAGACGGGGUUCUGACGGUCACCGUGGAAAAACUGCCGCCGCCGGAGCCUAAGAAACCGAAGACCAUUGAGGUGAAGAUAUGUUAAGGGACACUGUCGUGGUCUAAAUAAUCUGUUUACUGAAUUGUGUUCUUUUUGCCUUUCCAGUUUUAUGAUCCGAGCUAAUUACUUCCAUGCUUGAA